GCUCGCCGCUCUCUUGACUCUUUCAGUGCUGCCCCCGUCCUCUCUCACCCACUCAACACCACAUCAUGUCCAGCGCCAGGCAUCUUUCAGUCGCUCUUCGACGGGCUCGUGUGCCCAAGCCUCGCUGCUUGUUGCGCCCGGUCGCUGCGGUCCAGACUCCUUCCCUGGCCGCCACUCGCACCUUCACUGUUACCGCCCGCGCCAAUGCGACUAAAGAGAUUCAGUACACCACCAAUGCUUAUCCCAACAUCAAGCGCGACCCGAAUUUUGCCGAGAUCUCAGCCGAGGAUGUGACAUUCUUCAAGGAGCUGCUGGGUGCCCAGUCUGCGGUGAUCGAUGGGGUGACCGCCGAUGCCGCCGAUGAUAUCGAGCCUUUCAACAGCGACUGGAUGCGCAAGUACCGCGGCCAGACAAAGCUGGUCUUGAAGCCCCAGACCACGGAGGAGGUUAGCAAGGUACUGAAAUACUGUAAUGAGAGGAAGCUGGCGGUCGUGCCCCAGGGUGGCAACACGGGUCUGGUUGGUGGCUCCGUGCCCGUCUUCGAUGAGAUUGUCAUCAACCUUUCCCGCAUGAACCAGAUUCACUCCUUCGAUGAGGCAUCUGGAGUCCUGGUGGUCGAUUCGGGUGUCAUCCUUGAGGUGGCGGAUCAGUACUUGGCCGAGCGGAAUCAUCUGUUCCCGCUGGACCUGGGUGCCAAGGGCUCGUGCCAUGUUGGCGGUAACGUUGCGACCAACGCGGGUGGUCUGCGUCUGCUGCGCUAUGGCAGUCUUCACGGCACUGUGCUUGGUGUCGAAGCAGUGCUGGCGGAUGGAACGGUCGUUGAUGCUAUGUCGACCCUGCGCAAGAACAACACCGGCUACGACCUAAAGCAAUUGUUCAUUGGCGCCGAAGGUACCAUUGGCAUCAUCACAAAGGUCUCUAUUCAAUGUCCUUCUCGGCCUAAGGCCGUCAAUGUUGCCUAUUUCGGUCUGGAGAGCUAUGACAUGGUCCGCAAGGCUUACCAAGAGGCCAAGGGUCACCUGUCUGAGAUCCUCUCUGCUUUCGAACUGAUGGAUGGGCGCACUCAAAAGCUGGUUCACGAGUCGACUGGCAACAACUACCCUCUCGAGACCGAAUAUCCUUUCUAUUGUCUCGUGGAGACCAGUGGCUCUAACGCUGAGCAUGACAUGGCCAAGUUGGAGACCUUCUUAGAACAUGUCAUGGGUGAGGGUAUUGUUGCGGAUGGUGUCCUGGCCCAGGACGAGACUCAAUUCCACUCGAUCUGGCGUUGGAGAGAGGGUAUUACGGAGGCUCUGAGCCACUUGGGUGGCACCUACAAGUAUGACGUCUCCAUCCCUCUGCCCGAGCUUUACCAGCUGGUGGAGGAUUGCAAGGAGCGAUUGACGAAGCUUGGCUUCGUGGGUGAUGACGACUCCUUCCCCGUUCGGGCCGUUGUUGGUUACGGUCACAUGGGUGACUCGAAUUUGCACCUGAACAUCUCGGUCCGACAAUACAACAAGGAGGUCGAGAAGGCCAUUGAGCCUUGGGUAUAUGAGUGGAUCCAGCAGCGCAAGGGUAGUAUCAGUGCGGAACACGGCCUAGGUCUGGCGAAGAAGGAGUUCAUCGGAUACAGCCAGAAUGAGACGAUGGUCAAGCUGAUGAAGCAGUUGAAGAACCUCUAUGACCCGAACGGAAUCAUGAAUCCGUAUAAGUACAUCUAAAUGCAGUUUUCUGGCACCACUCUGGGAAUGUAAUGGUGUUGGGAGCAAGCGAGAAGAGAUUAGACCAAGUUUAUAGCCCUGGAAUCUGUAGAAUACAUUACACUUCAAAUAUCGAACUCGCUGG